AUGCCUACGGUCACCGUCUCGAAUGGCCUGCUGCAUCCGAACGAUGCGCUGGGCAGGGGGAGGUCGCCGUCUGCUGGCUCGUACGACGCCCCGAAGUUGCCCGAGGACGAUGGGUGUGCAAAUCUAUUCUGGCUCGAUAUCGUCGACCCUGUAGACUCUGAAAUCAUAGCAGUUUCACGCAUCUUCGACCUGCAUCCGCUCACCACUGAGGAGCUGCUUCUGAUGAAAGACGAUGCGCUGGUGCAGGACAGCUUCAAGUCAUUCAAGCACUACGACAUCAUCUGCUACCACACAUCCAUAGCUGCUUACAAUGACGAGCCGUGGGCGCAGGAAGAUCCCAUCCCAUUCUACUCAAUUGUGCUGACCCGCGGCAUCAUCACCCUGCACCGGCGCCGGCUGCCACAUGUACGCAACACAAUUGCGCGGCUGCUGCUGGACGAGGACACCGUCAAGCUGACGCCCGACUAUAUCGCCUACCUGCUCCUUGACGACAUCACCGAUACAUUAGUGCCGACAACGCGCAUGCUGGAGCUCGAGGUGGAUGCAGUGGACGAGCUGGUGCUGAUCCUGGCCGAGGCUGACCAUGACGACAUCCUGAAGCGCAUCGGCAUUGAGCGCCGCCAUGCGCUCUGGCUGGUGCGGCUCCUGCACGGCAAGGCCGAGGUUCUGGGCGCCAUAGAGCGUCGCGUGCAGGCGAAACGGCACCAUGCACCGGAUGUUGCCAAAUACCUGGCUGAUGUCCACGACCAUCUGCUGGCGCUGACGGCGUCGGUGCAUCACUGCGAGCGCAUUCUGGCACGCGCCCAUGGCAACUACCUGGCCAGGAUCAACCUGGAGCUGACCAACGCGUCGAAUACCACCAAUGGCCUGGCCACGCAGGCUGCUAUCCUGGCCGGUAUAUUUCUGCCUCUCAAUUUGGUUGCCGGCCUGUGGGGGCAGAAUGUCAAGGUGCCCGGCCAGGAUCGCGACGACCUGCUGUACUUUGGUAUUAUCUGCGGGUGCAUGGCCACGUUUGUCAUCUUUGCGCUGGCCUUCUUCCGGUGGCGCCGACUUAUUUAA